GUUUAGAAAACUAUUUGACAUUUAAGGGAAGGGAAGGAAAGGAAAAUUUAGAAAAGAGCAUAGGACGAAUAAAGGUUCGAAAAAAGAAAUACAGUUGCUUUGGCGGAAAAUGGCAAAAACUUAUGAUUAUCUUUUUAAAUUACUUCUUAUUGGUGAUUCAGGUGUAGGCAAAACUUGUGUUUUAUUCCGAUUUUCUGAAGAUGCUUAUAACACUACCUUUAUUUCAACUAUAGGUAUUGAUUUUAAAAUUCGUACAAUAGAACUUGAUGGGAAAAAAAUCAAGCUACAAAUAUGGGAUACAGCUGGACAAGAAAGAUUCCGAACCAUAACAACAGCUUAUUAUCGUGGAGCUAUGGGAAUUAUGUUAGUAUAUGACAUUACAAAUGAAAAAAGUUUCGAGAAUAUUAAAAAUUGGAUAAGAAAUAUUGAGGAAAAUGCAUCUGCAGAUGUUGAGAAAAUGCUACUUGGAAAUAAGUGUGAACUUGAAGAAAAGAGACAAGUUUCUAAAGAACGUGGAGAGCAGUUAGCAGUAGAAUAUGGAAUCAAAUUCAUAGAAACUAGUGCUAAAGCUAGUAUAAGAGUUGAAGAAGCUUUUUACACGUUAGCUAGGGACAUAAAAGCUAAAAUGGAAAAGAAAUUGAAGGAGGCAAGUAAUCCACCAAAAGGCGGGCAUCAACUCAGAGCAACGGAGCCACAACGAAAGCCCACUAAUUGGCUCUCACGAUGCACCUUAUUGUGACCAUUUAGAAUGUUCGAAGGAGAAUAUUUCUUCCAAUGUUCCACAUCUACAGUUUCAUCAUUUGCAUAAAACCGAAAUAUUUUUUCAAAAAAUGAAAAAAAAGUCAUCAUCAGAACUCUAAAAUGAUAAUUUAUUAGUUUAAGAUCGGAUUGUGUGUUUUUCGCAGAGUUUAAGGUACAUUAGAAUUCCAGUAAAUAAUUUAUCUGUCAUCAAAUGGAAAGAUAUUGGUGUUUAACAUCUUUUGGAGUGCAAUUUAAAUUUUCUAGUUCUUUUUGAAACAUGCCUAUUUAUAUUGGAAGUUUGAAAAAAUGUCUGCAAAAUAUUUGAAAUAUAUUAUACUAUACCAGAUUUUUAUAAGUUGGUUGUGCAAACAUUUGUUGUCAUAAUUUACUGUACUCUAAUAUUUGAAAUUCUUAUGUAAAGAAAGUGGUAUGCCAAUUUGAAUAUAUAUGAUAAUUUAAUGUGAUUUGAGAAUCGAUAAAAGAGCACAACCUAUACUUAAAUUUCCUGUCUCAGAUGAACUCAAUUUGAUUACCUCAAAAUUAAAAAUGUCUAGUUGGAGGAAUGAACGCCUAUUGUUCUUGUAACUGAAAAAAAAUUGAAAUGGUAGUAGAAUGCUUGUGAUCUGUAACAGGAUAUAUUUCAGUAUAAAUUGUGCUUUGCUUUCUAUGAAGUAGAUAAUACAAACAUAUUUAUAUUCUGUGUGCACAUUAUUUGACACUCAUUUUAACUCCUAUUUAGAAAAUAAUCAAAGGAAGGCUCGGUGAAAAUCAUUAGGAUUAAUUUUCAAAGGUGGUCUUCUAGUUAUAAGCAAUUAUUGUUGAAAAAAAAUUGAUUAUAUAUCCAAAAAAUUUUUAUUCAAUAGAUUUGGUCCUGAUUUCAUGAAAAUUCAUUAUAUAUGAACUGAAACAGAUUAAUUUCUACAAAUAUGAAUAUAUUUGUGAAAAUUAAUUUGUUUCAUUUCAAUUAUAUUCAAAAUUAUUUUUGUUCAUAUCUAGUGGAAAUGUCUGAUAUUAAGUUACAUAAUUUUUAUACAUGAAGCUUUAUUUAUGAAUUCAACCAUCUUUAGUUAGAGUUCAACUAGCUGACUGGAUAGUUUUAGUAUGACAAAAUUGUAUUCGACCCAACAGAGUAAUAGUUUUUAUACAUUUUUAUAAAUUUCAUGCUUUUGGACAUCAAAAUUGACAGCACAUAAAUAUGUAUCAGAAUUUAAGUUGGUCAGCUUUUUGUAAAUAAAAAUAUUUAAUUUUAAAAAUUUUCUUCUAUUUUCCUAUAGGUUCAGUGCUAGAAUAAUUGUUUUUCAGGAGAAAAAAUAUUACAUGUGAAAACAUUUUAUUGAAAUGAUGAAUAAAAGAUAUCAUAAAAUCAACAGAAAAUGCUCACAUAAGAAACAAGGUGAUAUUCAAAAGUUAAAACAUAUAUAUAUUACAAUCAAAAAUAAAAAAUGAUUUGUUUUCGUUCAUACUAGACCCAUUUCAUGUAGUUCGUUCUUCAUUUUCUCCAAAUUUCCCUCCCAUAUGGCUUCUAAAGGUUCACGGGUUGGUCCUAGGGGAAGUUUAGAAACAAUACACAUUGCAGCUUUUAGAGCAGGAACCGUAUCACC